AUGGUCAUCAUUUGUCGUCGCACACAGCCUCAACCACCCACAACCCUCACGGCACACACCAACGACGACGGCAACGACAUGGCAAGGCCACGUCAUCAGCCCCAGCAGCUGAACGAGCUCAUGACAGGACAUGGUGAAGACAACGUGGGACGUCGUUCAGACAGUGACGACGCAUGCCGUCAUCACUGUCUAGUCUUCCAGCUACGUCUCAGUGACUCCCCUCCUCUGUCCUUUGUUUACAUCAGAUGCAGGGACCAUGUCGCCAUUGGCGACGUGCAACUAGAACUAAUGGCUACAAACGAUGCUGGCAAACGACGAGCCAGGGCCACGGCGCCCAUCACGACUGCCCACAACACCAACCCCGAUGAGCUGAAGCCCGUCGCUUCGCCCCAUCAACCACACCAACCUUGCACCAACCCAAUCCUGACGUUAACGUUGCGUUGA